AUGGCAUGGUGGAAGGCUUGGAGUGAAGCAGAGGGCAGGUCUGUGACAGGCGCUUUAAACUUUGACCCCGCACCUGAUGCUCAGAUUCUGUUCAAGGCCAUGAAAGGGCUUGGGACUGAUGAACAAGCUAUAAUUGAUGUCCUAACCAAGAGGAGCAAUAUGCAGCGUCAACAGAUUGCCAAAUCCUUCAAAGGACAGUUUGGAAAGGAUCUGAUUGCAAGUCUGAAGUCUGAACUGAGUGGCAGCUUUCAGAGGCUCAUGGUAGCUCUCAUGUACUCCCCAUUCAAGUAUGAUGCCAAGGAGCUCUAUGAUGCCAUGAAGGGUGUGGGAACAAGUGAAGAUGUUAUCAUAGAGAUUCUGGCAUCCCGGACAAAGGCGCAGAUCAAAGAGAUAAUCAAGGCUUACAAAGAAGAAUACGGUUCUGAUCUGGAAGAAGACAUAAAAUCGGAAACGAGUGGCUACUUUGAACAGAUUCUGGUUUGCCUUCUUCAGGGUGAGAGGGACAAUGCCACUCUCUAUGUGGACACAGCACUGGCUCUCCAGGACGCACAGGCUCUCUAUGCGGCUGGGGAGAAGAUACAGGGCACUGAUGAGGUACAGUUCAUCAAAAUCUUGUGUGCAAGGAGUGCCACACACUUGCUGAAAGUGUUUGAAGAAUAUCAGAAGCUGGCCGGAAAGAGCAUAGAAGACUCUAUCAAGAGUGAAACCUCUGGUUCGCUUGAGGAUGCCAUGCUGGCUAUUGUGAAAUGCACCAGGAGUGUCCAUCGCUACUUUGCAGAGAGGCUGUACCACGCUUUAAAGGGGGCUGGCACCAGUGAUGGCACUCUUACAAGGGUGAUCGUUUCUCGAAGUGAAGUUGACUUAAAUCUUAUACAGGCUGAAUUCAAGCAUAUUGCAGGAAAGUCUCUCUCCAGUAUGAUUCUGGAUGACACCAGUGGCGAUUACAAGACAGCCUUGCUGAAUCUCUGUGGCAGUGACUGA